AGCAACCGGUAAUAAUAUGGAAUCAAAGUACUCUUCCCUGUUUCUGUAGUUAUUAACGCAAAGACGGAGUGAAUUUAAUUAAUAAAAUGCCUAAAGUUUGCUCGGUUCCGCAAUGUGGAGCUACUGCUCGCAACGCUCGCGACAGAAGUUUUCAUCAAUUUCCGCAAGAAGCAAGUUUGAGACGUGCUUGGAUAAAACGACUAGGAUUGGGAAGGGGAAAUUUUCAACCGAAGAAUAACUCUUCCGUUUGUUCACAUCAUUUUGGAGAAGAACACUUUAGACAACCAAACAACGAAACUCCUGCACAAUUUAGAAAGGCAAAAUUGAAACUAGGAAGCUUGCCAACUUAUAAUUUGGUAAACUUCCCAGAAUCGUUCGUCUCGCCUUCCGGAAAGUUUAAUAAUUGCUUGUGUGAAGAAAAGAAAUAUCAUAGCCGAAAUUCUCGACGGAAAAUCGUAAGAAAGGCCAAGAAACGAAAACUAGACGCCGAAUUUCGCACACAAUCUCCCAAAUCUCACGAAUCUCCCAAAUCCAAGAAUGAAGAUUUACAACCCAAUAAUACGGCUAUGGAAAGAAACUCAGUUUCUGUUUUGGUUAUUCCGGAUGAAGAUAUUCCCCCUGAACGAUCAUCCUCGCCACCCGACGUGAGUAAGUCUCGUAGGAAAGCUCCACGUUCACAAGUUCGCAAAGUUGUGAGAAAUGACUUGCAGAAUGAAGAGACAAAUAUUUUACAAAUAUUGGAGUCCGAAUCAACUCUGAAGGAACGUUUUCAAGAACCCAACAGUAAUAAAAAGCAAGAAGAUGAUCAAGAUCUGAGUGGAAAAUGUCCAGUUUCACCAUCAGCACAAAAUGGAGACUCAAGUUUACAAACUUUAGCAAGUGAAAAAGAGCAUGGAUGCAUUACUGCAAACGAAGCAAAUGAAACAACGGGUAUUGAGGAAGACUACCAACGGAAAUAUUUCCAGCUUUUAAACACGAUGAAUGAACUUCAGGACAAAUUUUUAAUUUCUCAAAGAAACUUCGAAGACCUGGUUAAAGCGAGGGAAGACUUUAUAGAAGAACUGAAAAGUCAACUGGAGAGCAACCAUCAAGAAAUUGCUUCAAUGCAUCAAGAAUUAGAGACGAGAAACGAUAAAAUAGCUGAGUUUGAGAAGGAAAGAAAAACGUACGAAGAUAAAGUACAAAACUUGGACAAGAAAGUGGAGGAGAUGAAAAUGAAGGGAAAUGAAAGAGAAGUGAAGGAUCGUGUUCUGAAUGAAGGAGCAGAGGAACUACAGCGAACCCUUGGGAAACAACAGGAGGUCCUGGAAUUCUAUAAAUUACUUACAAGUGUAACUGUGGAGAGAGUGACGGAAGAUGAAAAUGAAGAAAGACCAAGAGUUUAUGAUAGGUUUCGAUGUUCUGUGAAAACAAUGCAGACGCAAGAGUUACAAUUUCUGCUAACGCAUGACCAUGAAUUUGCAGAAGUGGAGUACAUGCCAUUAGAUUUGGAUACAGUGAAUUCCACAUUGCCCAAUUACUUAAAAGAACAGAUUUUCUUUGAAAGUGAUCAAGGACCAAACUUUUUAUGCAAACUAAUAAAGUCAUUUCAAACAUCCAAUGGAGAUCAAUAUUCAUAAUCUUGUGACUGGAUAACUUUUAGCAUUACAUUAGCUUGACAUACUUCUAUGUGUUGUGUUCAUGGUACCAUUUUUAACAAAGCUGUUGUAAAAAAAAGAGU